GACAGUGCUGCCACCCUCUUCUCUGCCUCCUCUCCACUCUCCACUCUCUCUGCUCUCCACCGAGUGAGCACGAACAGAACAGAGCGAGGAGGUUGCCGCAGUCAGCCUCUCACUCUCCCUUUCCGCGGCUGGUGCUUCGACCUCGGCGCUAGCAGCCAUGGCCGCGCUGAGGAGUGGUUCGGCCGUGGCCUUGGCGGCUCUGGUGGCGGCGGCGAUGUGGGCCGGGAUGGCGUCGGCAGCCGUGUACGAGGUGGGCGACAAGGUCGGGUGGACCAUCAUGGGCAGCCCCAACUACACCGCCUGGGCCGCCUCCAAGAAGUUCAGCGUCGGCGACACCGUUGUGUUCACCUACAACAAGCAGUUCCACAACGUGAUCGCGGUGAGCAAGGCGGACUACAAGAACUGCGACGUGACGAAGCCCAAGGCCACAUGGUCCACGGGCAAGGACUCCGUCGUCCUCAACACCACCGGCCACCACUACUUCCUCUGCGGCUUCCCGGGCCACUGCGCCAUCGGGCAGAAGGUCGACGUCCGCGUGCUCUCCUCUGCUGCCCCUUCCACCGCCCCCGCCAUGGCGCCCGCCCCGGCAGCCGCGGGUGGUGGCUCAGCCGGCCGCGCCGCCGCAGCGCCCUCGCCGCGCGCCAACGCCGCGCCGGCCGUCAGCAGCUCCAUCGCCGUGACGAUCGCCGCGUCCGUGCUGUCCUUGGCCGCGGCCGGCCUAAGCCUGCUCUAGUCCGAAAGCUUGCCGGCCGAGGAUGGAUGGCGCCAUGUGAGUUGCGAGCUUGCGUUUGUCGCCGUAUGAGUAAUCUGGUCAUCUGGAUCCUGUGUUGUUUACUGUUUUGCCGGUUUUGUAUGCCAUUGCCAUACUCUUCUCCGUGGAUCUUGGUCUGGUUUGGGGAUUUGUUUGUGCCGGUUGUCAUCGGCUUAGUUUAAUCAAUCAAUUGAGCACUCUCUUAUGCUUAGUCUUUACUGUUGAAGACCACAUGCCCUGCAGGCUGGAGAGUAAACUGAAGAUGUAAAAUACAGUACUCAUCUGAGACACAAUCAUUGAGGGCAUCAGUGGAUUAGGAUUAUUUUUUUCUGA